ACUAUAAUUAAUAAAAAAUUUCAAUUGAUCAUUACGGUUAAUAGACUCAAUUUAUAACAAUUUAUGGUGCCGUGACUCGGAUAAGGAAGAGUAGGGAUACAGUCCUUCAGGGGGGGCGCCCCGCAAGAUUUUUGCGGCUCUGAGGAGGCUGUUUCUUUUUACUAAAAUCCUUACCGACGAACCUAAAUUAAAGGAUAUCGAGCAAAAAGGAACCGGUAAGAUCCCAUAAAUUUUGUGCACGAAAGUCCGGACGAAGACGCAGGAGGCGUAGGGACGCGUGAGUAUAACGCGGGAUACCGUUCGGUCGGGGUCGGGUUUUCCUGGAAUACGCUAAUUGAGAGGUUCGAUAUACUGAACCAAGUGAGUGUGGACCCUUAAGUACUGCGUUUCCCAACUCCCGCGAGGGACUGGGCCAGGAACAAGGGGAACGUGUGUGUGUGUGAAAGAAGGUAUUCCAGAAGAUGGGUUCGAAGAAUAGUAAGCCUUCGAUUCCCAUGGGUGGGUUACCCAAGGUACCUAAGGAUACGCCCCUAGGACAUAUUCUGAGUAACUGGAAAAACUUUCCUGGAACGUCUGGGAAAAAGAAACAUAAAAUGAUCAGUUAUUGUACAAAAGUUUGGGGAGGGAAACAGAUUUCUAAAUCUGUAUAUUGGCCAGUAUAUGGGUCAGAGGAAGAUUGGGUAAGGCAGCAACUAAAUCUCUGGGUUAAUACUAAAACACCAUUCAACCCAGAAGAGAGUGACUAUGCAAAAAUAUGGAUACAAUGUCCACAAGACACAAUGUCUCUCUAUCCAGUUAGUGAAACGAAAGAGAAACGUGAAAAACGAAAAGAGGAAUUGGAAGAGAGUCUCUUAGUCCCACCUCCAUAUGCCCCACCACCCAUACAGGCGCCAGCGAUACCCCAGGCACCUGCUUUGCCAUCAGAACCGAACCCAGGUUCUCCCCCUUCAAGGCCCAGAACUCGUAGUCAGAAAGGAACUACUCAAAUAUACCCUUUAAGGGAAAUACCUAUGGGGGGAGCCCAACCUGAAAUAGGGUUUAUAUCGGUUCCCUUAAAUUCGGCUGAUCUUAGAGAUUUUAAAAAAGAGGAGAUGGGGAAUCUAAUAGAAGACCCCAUAGGAGUGGCCGAGAGAUUGGACCAGUUUCUAGGUCCUAAUAUAUACACCUGGGACGAAAUGCAGUCAAUACUUACUCGUUUAUUUACAACCGAAGAACGAGAGAUGAUCCGGCGUGCAGGAAUGAGGCUCUGGGAUAUACAACAUGCCCAAGGACCUCAAGCUGAUACUAAAUGGCCACUUCAAAGACCUAAUUGGAGUAAUCAAGAUCCAAAUCAUAGAGUCCAUAUGCAGGACUUAAGAACUAUAGUAAUCCAGGGUAUCCGAGAAGCUGUCCCUCGGGGUCAAAACAUCAAUAAGGCCUUUAAUGAAAGACAGAAAAAAGAUGAGAGUCCAACUGACUGGCUGGAGCGCUUAAGAAAAGCACUCCAGUUAUACUCAGGGCUAGAUCCUGACACACCCUUAGGACAAGCCCUUCUAAAAACUCAAUUCGUGGCAAAAUCCUGGGAAGAUAUAAGAAAGAAAAUCGAAAAAUUGGAAAAUUGGCAGGACAGAGGAUCAGAGAUGAAGAGAUUGUAAAAUCAGAAUAGGAUAGUCAGGGGCUCUACCUUUUAGGGGAUCGGAGUCAUCCAGAGCCCUUGAUAAAAUUGAAAAUAGGUCCCCAAAAACAGGAGUUCACCUUUUUAAUAGAUACUGGAGCUGAAAAAUCAACAAUUAGACAAUUACCUAUGGGUUGUAAAUUGUCUCCUGAAAAGGUCCAAGUCAUUGGAGCUAAGGGAGAACCGUUUGAAGUAAAUAAAAUUAAGGAUGUAUUAUUUGAAACAAAUAAUAUAUAUGGAAUAGGUGAACUCCUUCUCGUCCCUGAAGCAGAAUAUAAUUUAUUGGGACGAGAUUUAAUUAUAGAAUUGAAAUUGGAAAUCAAAGUAGAAGAUAAGAAAUUAAAGGUGUCAAUAUAUCCUUUAAAUGUUACAGAUGAA